GAGUAGCGAAAGUAACGCACGUGGUGGUGUUUUCCGGAUCACAUCCUAUAAAGCAUAUAAUUUAACAGUGGUGGAUUAUUAAUUUGCAGAAAAUGACGUUUGGUUCACGUAAUUGGCGCAUAUUCGGUUCUUGAGCGUCGACUCUGCAAGAACAUCGUCAUUUUACACGUCACAUAACCUAAAAACAUGGUACGCUUUAAGAACAGGUAUAUAGCGUUCGAAAUAACACUUGGUGAUAAGUCUGAUAAGCCUUUCCCGCUUAAAAUCACUAGUCUACACAAUGCUAUUCAACAAAUAGUAGAAAAAUUGUAUGGUGAUUUUGGUGUGGCUGCAAUAAAAGCGGGGUUCAACGCGAAGUAUUGUAACGCUCACACGAGAAUAGCGUUGGUAAAAACCAGACACGGUCCACACAAGUUUUUAUUAAAGUCCCUUCCACGAUUGAACGAUAUCGCAGGGCGUUUAGUGUCCGUAAAAAUACUCUAUGUGGGGGCCACGAUGAAACAUUGUUUCCUUUUUAUCAAAAAAUACCAGCAAAAGAAAUUAGAAAAAAUGUGGUACACUCUGAGAAACGAGACUGAGAGGAAGGCCAUGGAAAAUGCUUUAAUGACAUUAACCCACAGCAUGAAAGAUUAUACGUGAAACAUUCUUUU